AUGGAAAUGAACAUGGCUACUCCUGCUGCCGCCGCUGGCGCUGCUGCUCCUCAACCAGGACAAAACCCGGGAUCGACUUCGUCCUACACUAUGGCCUCUCUCUACGUCGGAGAUCUUCAUCCGGACGUCAACGAGUCUACUCUGUUCGAGAAGUUCAGCGCUGCCGGGCCUGUCCUUUCCAUCCGCGUCUGCAGAGACAACGCCACUCGUCUCUCGCUUGGCUAUGCCUAUGUCAAUUUCCAGCAACCAGCUGACGGUAAGUAAAAUCAUGUCCUUUCAUUUAUAUUAAUGUUUUUUUCAGCUGAACGUGCUAUGGAUACCAUGAACUUCGAGGCUCUCCACGGAAAGCCGAUGAGAAUCAUGUGGUCCCAGAGAGACCCUGCCAUGCGCCGUUCCGGGGCUGGAAACAUCUUCAUCAAGAACCUCGACAAGGUUAUCGACAACAAGAGCAUCUACGAUACCUUCUCGCUCUUCGGAAACAUCCUGUCGUGCAAGGUAAAGUUGAUUAUAGAACAUAGACUAACCGCCUUGAAUUCAUGUUGUACAGGUUGCUACUGACGAUGAGGGAUCUAGCAAGGGAUACGGCUUCGUUCACUUUGAAACCGAGGAGGCUGCUCAGAACGCCAUCCAAAAGGUCAACGGCAUGCUGCUCGCUGGAAAGAAAGUGUUCGUUGGAAAGUUCCAGCCGCGCGCCCAACGCACUCGCGAGCUUGGAGAGACUGCCAAGAAGUUCAACAACGUUUACGUGAAGAACUUCGGAGAUCACUACGACCAAGACUCUCUGGAGAAGUUGUUCGCCAAAUUCGGAACCAUCACGAGCUGUGCCGUCAUGUCCUCGGCUGAAGGAAAAUCUAAGGGAUUCGGAUUUGUCGCUUUUGCCGAACCAGAGGAAGCCGAGAAGGCUGUCCAGGCUCUCAAUGAUACGAUCAUCGAGGGAUCUGAUCUCAAGCUCCACGUCUGCCGUGCUCAGAAGAAGUCCGAGAGACAGGCUGAGCUCAAGAAGAAGCAUGAGAUGCAUAAGGUCGAGCGCAUGCAGAAGUACCAAGGAGUCAACUUGUACGUCAAGAACCUCGAUGAGACUGUCGACGAUGAAGGCCUUAAGAAGCACUUUGAGACAUUCGGAAACAUCACGAGUGCCAAGGUCAUGACUGAUGAGAACGGAAGAUCUAAGGGAUUCGGAUUUGUCUGCUUCGAGAAGCCAGAGGAAGCCACUACCGCUGUUACUGAGAUGAACUCGAAGAUGGUGUGCUCGAAGCCGCUCUACGUGGCUCUUGCUCAGCGCAAGGAAGAUCGCCGUGCUCAGCUUGCGUCGCAAUACAUGCAGCGCCUGGCUAGCAUGAGAAUGCACAACAACGUUCCGGGAGCCAGCAUGUACAACCCAACUCAGCAAGGACCAGGAUACUACGUUGCCAACCCAAUGCAACAGGUUUGUUGAUUGUUGACAGGAGAUUAUUCAAUAAUAAUGUUUUUUCAGCAGCGUCAAUUCCCAGGGCCACCACAAAUGGUUCGUCCAGGAGGACGCUGGGGAGUUCAAAAUCAAUACCCAGUCCAAAACCAGUACAUGAUGGCUCAGGGACCGGGAGUCUACCAGAACCGCAUGGGUCGGCCGCAAAACCAGCAGGGAGGACCACGCGGUCAGCCGCAACAGUACAGCCAGGUCGCUCAGGGAGGAGUCCGCAUGCAGGGACCACCCCGUGGAGCCCCGAAUGCUGGAGUACCACAACAGAACAUCCAGCGCCAACCACCACAGCAACAGCAGCAGCAGAGACCAGCUGGACCAACCGGACCGAAGGCCCCACCACAGCCAUACCAGUACCAGCAACAGAAGUCGCAAGGAAUCGUCAUUGGAGGACAAGAGCCGCUCACCUCCGCCAUGUUGGCUGCUGCUGCUCCACAGGUAUGUUUCUAGACGAUGGUUCGAAAAUAUGUAUAUCAUUUUCCAGGAGCAAAAGCAAUUGCUCGGAGAGCGCAUCUACGCUCUCAUUGAGAAGCUGUACCCGGGACACAAGGAUGCCGGAAAAAUCACGGGAAUGAUGCUCGAAAUCGACAACUCCGAGCUGAUCAUGAUGCUCCAGGACAGCGAGUUGUUCCGCUCGAAGGUCGACGAGGCCGCGUCGGUUCUCACUUCUGCCCAGAAGCAAUAA